UUUGUGCAGAUAUUACAAAAUCAAAUCAACAUAGAGCAUACAGCUCUGAAGCAGAUAUCAAUGGAGAAAGACAAAUGGAAUGUGAAAUUAUAGUUUUAUGAAUGUGUGAUGCGGUUAACACAGUGAACGACCAUAACCUUAUCAGUCUCGAUAUGAUAUUGGUUGAUGAAGAGGGAAAACUACUACAUGCAAGUAUCAGAAGGAAUCUGGCUCAGCGUUACCGACCUCUCUUAAAUGAAGGAUGCAUGUAUGUGAUAAAAAAUUUCAGUGUAGAGGAAUAUACAGGGAAGUAUCGUCAUGUACAUAACCCACAAAAAAUUCUUUUCACGUCAACAACAUCGGUCUCUAAAAUCGAUAGACUCUAUCAUUCAAUACCUGAAUACCAAUUUGAACUUGCUGAUUACGAAACAAUAGUUUCCCGUUGCCACAACACAACUUAUUUGACCGAUGUGAUUGGCAGAUUGGAAUUUAUUGGAAUCAUUGAGGAGAUCGAUUUAAAUGACCGUCUAACAAAAAUUCGAAAGAUUGGACUGUUGUUAGAAGAGAACAGAUAUGUGCAAAGAAAGUUGUGGGGAAAAACUGCAUUGCAGAUAGAUGAUGAUUUCUACAAAAGUGAUCGAGAUCCAUUCAUUGUAAUAGUUACUUCAACUAUUGUGAAAGCUUACAAAGGUGACUAUCAUGUAUCAUCCACAUGUGCAACAAAGCUCUAUGUCAACCUGGACAUUCCAGAGGUUACAAGAGUUCGAGACAAAUUGCACAACACAAUAAAAGGAUCACCUAGAGUAGCAGAUGGAGAACUUCCCCUACAUGAUAGAAAGACGAGAGCUGAAUUAAAGGACAUGGAAUGGAACUCAAAGACAGAGGUCAUAGUGGUGACAUGCCAAGCCAAAAUCUUUAAUGUCAAUAAUAGAUGCAGAUGGUAUUAUAAUGCAUGUCUUAAAUGCAAGAAAAAGGUCAAAAUGGUGUGA